AUGCUGAAGGUCCUGACCGCCAACGCUCUCCCGCCGGCAAAUGCUCAACGGCCCCCUCAUCUCUUCCCGAAAGCUCCGCGGCAAGUCCCCUUUCAAGAUGACAUAACUCUGUCCAAGUUACUGGGGCAUGUCGCCCGAGUACGGCUGGCCGAUACCCCGCAACCGCGCCCUGCGGGCCGCGCCGUCCCAGAAGUUCCCUUGAGCCCCGGGGCGCAAGCGCUGGAAGACGAAGAGCUCGCGUUCCAACUGUUUGUGCAAGACACUAAAGAUGUCAGCCGGAACGAAGAUGCUCUGGACGAAUUCGUCCGGAUGGAGGCGAUGGACCAGUACAACCAUGAGGUGGCUGUUGCGCUUUCGGAGGGCAGGGAACCGCCACCUAUUCCCGACUUCCCGGAACGACACUCACGUGUGCUGGACGAAUGGGAAUCGUCCCCUCCCUACAGUACAGAGGGGGACACGUGCCCGAACUCUCCGCAAGACGAAGAUGGCGAGUCCGAGAUGCGCAAGGUUGCACCCAUUCGUCUCUGGGGGCAAAUCCCUGCAGACGAAACCUCAGACGACGAAGAAGUGGACAUGGAGACGUUGAGGGCCCAGCGGGCCUUGCGCACUCGCGUCAUCCGCCUCCGCAAGCGGCUCGCAGACGUCGACUUCGAGACCGACAUCUCCUCCCCUCCUUCGCCCAUUCUACCGCCCACCCCGCCUCUACCUCCGCCUCCACCCCCCUGCUGCACGGUCUGCGGUGAUGACAUCGCCUCGACCGUCGUCCGCCUCGACUGUGGGCACACCUUCGACGUCGGCUGCAUGCGCGAGAUGUUCGAGCGCGCGACCGUCGACGAGGAGCUCUUCCCGCCCAAGUGCUGCACUGGCGCCGUCGCACUCUCCGCCGCCGAGCCGCACCUCGACCCCGCAUUCGUGGCCCGCUACCACAAGAAGGCGCGCGAGUUCAGCACCGCGAACCGCGUAUACUGCCACGUCCCCACAUGCGCGGCGUUCCUCGGGGCCGCCGCACCCGCGGAGACGCCCAACCCGGAGACGCUGCGCUGCGAGCAGUGCGGCGCGGGGACGUGUGCCGCGUGCAAGGAGCAGAUGCACCCGGGGGUGCCGUGCCACUUUGCGGCGGAGGACGCGGUGCUGGACCUGGGGAAGGAACACGGGUGGCAGCGCUGCGGUGCGUGCAAGCACCUCGUCGAGCUCUCGAUCGGGUGCUACCAUAUCGUGUGCCGGUGCGGGAACCAGUUCUGCUACCUGUGCGCGGCGCCGUGGAAGCAGUGCAACUGCGAGCUGUUCUAUGUGCCGCCGGAGGAGCCUGAGGCUUGAGGAGUGAGCGCGCUUCCACUGGCGGGGUAAAGGUGAAAUAUUGCGUAGCGUGUAAGUAGCUCGCUCGGUGGCUGGAUUCCACGGCGGUACCAUGUAUU